UAUCUUCUCCCCCAUUUCAUAGGCAAUGACAAGAGAUAAAACAUUAGAGCUGACAUCCCACCAAAUACACUUCACUCCAGGAGCUAAGGCCGGUUGAGAAGCUGCUAGAGAUCAUCGGAAAAGUUUGACACCUGUCUUGAGAAGAACAUUCCUGCUGUAACCAUGCAAUGGAAACGACGCCACUGCUGUUCGUACACAGCAACUCUCUUCUAUCUCCUCUCAUUUCUGGGUGUACUGCUCUUUUUGGUUCAGCCUAGGCUCACAGGUAUGCCGUGGUCCAGACACCAUCCUGUGGUAUACAAAGGUGGUGAGCUUGGUACCACUAAAGCCAAACUGAACAUUAGCACCAAAACGUCAGGGUGGAGGCUGGUCAUUUCUCCUCAGUCCACUGUUGCAAACAUCAGCACACAUGAGAAGGAAGUUGCCCCCUCACCUCAAGGUGAGCCAAAUGUUGAGAACACUUUGUCGGUCAGUGAAGAGGGAGAACACAGAGGCAAUAUUACCCCUGGGCCUUACACUUAUUUCAUCAACGAGCCAGACAAAUGUACAGAGAGCAGAUCUUCACCAUUUCUUGUGUUGUUAAUAACCACUGAGGCUCGGCAGGUGGAGGCAAGAAAUGCCAUUCGACAAACAUGGGCCAAUGAGAGCGUGGCUCCAACUCUGGGAUUAAUUCGCCUUUUUCUGCUGGGAAGAAAUAACGGAGAGCUGGGACUAUUACAGCAGAAGAUGCUUGAAGCAGAGAGUCACAGGUAUCACGAUAUCAUCCAGCAGGACUUCAGAGAUACCUACAACAACCUGACCAUUAAGACUUUGAUGGGAUUGAACUGGGUGGCAAUAUACUGCCCACAAGCCAGCUAUGUCAUGAAGACGGACAGCGACAUGUUUGUCAACACGGAGUACCUCAUUUACAAGCUACUCCGGCCAGAAAUGAAGCCUAAAACAAACUUUUUCACGGGCAAUAACAUGAGAAACUUUUCACCAAAUAGAAAUAAAAACAGCAAGUGGUACAUGCCUCCUGAACUGUAUCCAGGUGAAAGGUACCCCACCUUCUGUUCUGGGACUGGUUACGUCUUCUCAGGAGACUUGGCGACAAAUAUCUAUCGAAAAUCGCUCAGUAUCCCUCGCCUUCAUUUGGAGGAUGUUUAUGUGGGAAUAUGCCUGGCCAAGCUUGGUAUAGAGCCGGCUCCUCCAUCCAAUGCAUUCCUAUUCAACCACUGGCGGGUGUCUUAUUCCAGCUGCAAGUACUCCCACCUUAUUACAUCACAUGGCUUUCAUCCUAAUGAAAUACUCAAAUACUGGAAUCACCUGCAGAGCACCAAAAACAAUGCCUGCUUCAACAGGAGUAGAGGGAGAACAGGCAGGAUACAUAGAAACAAACACAACAAAGAGAACGAGGCUCAUUAAGCUAUGUAGUUAAAGUCAGAUUCUGCUUGACACAAUUGAUUUACAUCUCAGCACUAGUUUGCAUGUGCAGAUGAAGGAUGGAGUCUACUGUAAUGGUGCACUGAUUUACUGGCUGAAGACUAGAAAUGGAUGAUUUCCACCCUGCUUGGCCCU